GCGAGGGAAGGAGCCGCCCGCCGCUAGGAAGAGCCACCGCGUUGUGCGAGCGCCCCGCCUCGCGGCGGGCAAGGGGCGGGGCAGGGGCGGCCCGACCGCGGCGCGUUCAAACGCCAACGGCGGCGCGGAGCGCGCGGCGGACAAAUGAAGAGAAAAUGGGAAGAAAGACUGAAGAAAAUUGAAGAACUAGCAUCUCACUAUGAAAGAAACCCUCUUCUUCCAGUUUACAGACCAAAACUGUCCAAACUUUUUCAACCAUCCCCUGUUUGGAAAAUAUUUUGUCGGCAGACUGAAGCUUUUCGUUAUGUAAAAACUUGUAAAGAGGAUGUUCAUGUAUUUGCCUUGGAAAAGAACACACAAAAUGGAAAGAGGCUUUACCUUGUGACAACAUAUUAUGAGCUUUGGUUUUAUUAUAGCAAAGAUUAUAAAACAAGUCUUAUGCAUUGCUAUGAAGUCAUUCCUGAAAAAGAUGCCUGUAAACUUUAUUUUGAUUUGGAGUUCUACAAACCAGCAAAUCCUGGAGCUGAUGGCAAGAGUAUGAUUGCAAAGUUAAUUGAGCUUGUCAACCAAAAGCUAGAAGAAUUUUAUGAUGUUAAAUGUUCAGCCAAAGAUGUCUUGAAUUUAGAUUCCAGUACUGAUGAAAAAUUUAGUCGACACUUGAUAUUUCUUCCCCACAAGACUGCAUUUAAGAAUAAUAUUCAUGUCGGUAAUUUUGUGAGAACCAUUUUGCAGCCUGCCAUGGCAUUAAUGGACAUCAAAACUGCUGCUUUUUUUCCAGAAGAAAGAGCGGGACAUGUUUUUCAGUGUUCUAUAUCAACAGGUGGAUUAGAUUGUUCUGUUAUAAAUCUCUCAGCAGUAGAAGAUGCUUCUAAGAGUUGGCCAUCCAUUGCUCAUGAAACAACAGAAAUUGAAACAUCACAGCAGGAAGAAAAUUCUGAAUUUUCCUUUUUAGUAGUAAAUGACAAAGAAGGACGCAAGCAACUUUUUGUGGAUCUAGGAGUUUAUACAAAGAACAGAAAUUUCCGGAUUUAUAAAUCUUCAAAAGCAGGAAAAAAUGCGAUUCUGAAGAUCGCAGAGGAUAACAAGUUUGUCCCUAAAUGUGAAAAGAAUGUUUCUUUGGAAGAAGCAUACUUUCUUUCCUCUUUGGUCUGCAAUGUUGGGGAUGAUACAAGAAUUCUGUCAUCUGGGUCCUCAGAAGAGCAAAGAAAAAUCUCUGGUAAAACUACCAGAAGUACUAGAGAUUCCAUUGACGGCUGUCAGGAUUCACCAUAUCCAGAAAUUGAUUCUUUUGUUCGCUCGUUGGUUAAUAAAGAUGGAGUGCAAGGAGGGAUACGGCAAUGGAAUUAUUUCUCUCUGGAAGAAAUAAUUGUGUAUGAUAUUUCCGGUUACCGUUGGUGUGAAAAUAUUGGGAGAGCUCACAAAAGUAACAACAUAAUGAUUCUGGUAGAUCUAAAGAAGGAAGUCUGGUAUCAGAAGUGUCACGAUCCAGUCUGCAGAGAGAAAAACUUCAAAUCACAGAGUUUUCCACUGCCACCUGGGAUAUGUCUCCCUUAUCUUUUCAGAGAGGAAGAAGAAUAUAUGCUAAUGGAUGAAAGUGAGAACAAAGAAGAAAAAGUAGACCUGCAUUCUAACUGUUUAGAGUUGUCAGAACGCUCACUAUUUCAAGAAAACAGCUUGUCUAGAGACUUCCCGUUGUUGGACACUCUGUGGGACAAUGCAAGCGAUGAUGCCUGGUUCUUGGAAGCUACUGAUGAUGUGGAACUAGCUGAAGCUGCAAAUAAUAGUCUGAACUGUGACACAGAAGAAAUUCCUGACGAAGUUCUUCUGGAAGCUUUAAGGAAACAGGAUACUUGUGCACAGACUUAGCCAACGAACAAAUCCAUACCCAUGAAGCUUGCUUUAGUACAAUGUUCCACAAACAGUACUGCAGUGCAGUUCAAAAGCUCUUCCUGAUCUGUUUAACAGAACUAAGUAACUGCUGUAAAUAACAGCUUCUUGCAACUGGAUGAUUUUAAACAGGGACGAAAAGAUCAUGAAAGAUUACCCUGGGGCCAAGCAGUACUGGACUGAAAACUCUUCAUGAAUGCUACUUCAAGUAGUUUAGCACUUUAAUACUUGCUGCUGUGUGGUUUCCUAUUUUGUUAGCUGUAUGUCCAAAUUUUAUUGAUGAGCUGUGUAAAAACAAUUUCUUCAAUUCCAAGAGUGGGAGGAAUUUAUUUCAUAUACAAAUUUAAUAAAAAGCUUUGUCUAUCACUGUCUUAACCAAAGUCAAUGUGUUCUCUUUAAAAGUAUAUAUUGGUUUCAAAAUUACAUUACU